AUGUCCUCAAGCAGUGAACCUUCGCAUCAGCCUCGUGUGAUGCGUCCUGAUACCUCCGAAUCGUCAACCGCAGGAGACAUCUUCUGGAACAGUCCAGCGCCCGAGCCUCACUCCAUCCAUUACAACAAUGGUCCCCAAGGCAGCUCUGAGUCUUCGAAUGAUCGCUAUUGGUCACCGCUCGGGACGGAUGGUAUGGGAUAUAGAGAUCCGAUCCGAACUACGUCCGGUAGACACAGCAGUGAAGCAUCUACUACCAGUCAGCCAUACUCCUUUUAUGAACUUCCGGAUUCGUCCAGGCAGUCCAGCAGCACUCACUCUCAAGCGGAAUUUCUAGCGCAAUCGCAGUACGACGGUGCUGCGCCUUCUCGCCAGGUCAGCCGUGAGAUGAGUCGUGGAGCUUACUAUUCGAUUCGUCUGCCUCAGGAUCGAGCAGCGAGCGGAGCAUAUCUGCGGCCAGCUUCGCCCUCACGCUGGCCAAGUACGCCUUCGCCCGAUCUCGCUGCUUUCGGUCAGUAUGGACCAUCACCCUUGCCCACGAGACCAUACAGUAGGAUGCCAAAUGCUCAAUAUCGAUUGGUACCACCCAGCGGGCUGAUCAACGUUACGGACUUCGUCGGAGGGGACCAAGAUGCUGCCAGAGCAGUCCAACGUGAUCUAUCUUCGCCUCUCGAAUUGAUCCAGGAGCGUGCAAAUGCCUACUUCGAACGCAUCUCGGCGAGAAUCCAGGCCACUUCCUCACAGACCCACACGGCAGAGCCAAGAGUAUCAUUUCCUAGGCAUGUCGAGGAGGUGACCAACGGCUCCCGGGCCACUGAUCGCCAAAGGAGGGACUCCGGUACUGCCGGCUCAUGGAACGGAUCCGAUGACAGCGCUCACGGUCGAAACAGUGAUCGACCCCGUGCCCGCAUGGAGUAUGCGCCAAUCCCGGUGCCUGCUGCGGCAGAUGACCCCACUCUACAUGUGAGAGUCUCUCAUGGCCCACGUAGAACAGUGCCUGCCGUUAGAGCAACCCAGCGCUCAAGCGAGAACGCACCCGUGGUUUCCUCAACCCAGGGAAUGCGACCGUUUCGUUUGUCUAGCCAAAGAGCAAGCCUCGUGCCGCCACUUUCCCAUGUUGGCUUGAACGUCGCUAUGAGAGGCGGUGAACUGUCAACUACACCCGCCACCGCACGCUUCAGCAUCCCACAAGUGCAGAGGCCGCGAGACGUGUCGAACCGUCCGCACAUGCACUCUCCCUACCCUGCUCUUCUCUCGUCUGACGAUGAUCCCUCUGGAUCUGACACGCUGACCCCUGUCCCAAGGACUGCUUCCCGCCCCGCGCCUCCCACUUACCAGAAUCCUAUCCGUGGCCCACGUAUUACUCCGCGUUACGGUUCCCGCCAAGACCCUCCCUCCGACGGUCCACAACGUCAGCCCACAAGACGCGCAGUCACCCCAAUUCCAGCCCCACUGCCGUUCAGCCGCCAGUCUGAGCGAGGUCUUCCGUCCACCUCGACUACGCUGGACAGCGCGAGCGGCGUGACAAGUCGAAGGACUCAGGUUGCUCGGGCGGCCACCAGAAGGCAAGUGAUGGACGAGCGGGAGAAUGCGACCGAAGAGAGGGAGAGGCAGGGUAUGAGAGGCGAGCUUGCGGCUGUGGAGUGGAGGUUUGGUGAAGAAGGUAGGAUGGACGUCAUGGAAGAGACGCCGCCGCGGAUGGGACGACACGAGAGGUUUUUGUAUGAGUGA